UAUUAGUUUUUUGAUAAAAAGAUAAGAAGUUAUAUAAUGUCUCAAAUAUUAAGCAAUAAACAGUAGUCAUUCUAUCAGUAAUUAUAGUUAGAUACUCCAGAACCUUUACAAAAGAAAAAUAAGCAAUAUGAGCCUUAAAUUUGCUUCCAACUUAUCCUUUAUGUUCACAGAGGCACCAUCUAUUAUUGAAAGAUAUAAAUUGGCAAAAGAAGCUGGUUUUAGAGCAGUAGAAAGUGGAUUUCCUUUUGGUUUUUCCAUUAAAGAUGUAUCAGAAGCCCAAAAAAAUGCACAUGUUGAACAAAUUCUUAUAAACGUGUUUACAGGUGAUGUUUCAAAAGGAGAGUUAGGAUUUGCAGCGAUACCUGGAGAAGAAGAAAACUUUAAAAAAAGCAUUGAUUUAACAAUAGAAUAUGCAAAAGCAUUAAAUUGUAAACGAAUUCAUAUUAUGUCAGGCAAAGUAAAUAAAGUAACAACUGUCAAUGAUGAUGUGUAUGUAAAAAAUCUUUUAUAUGCAUUGCAAAAAUUUGAAAAAGAGGGAAUACUAGGCCUUAUAGAACCUAUCAAUAAUAUCACCGUACCAAAUUAUUAUAUGAAUAGUUUCCAGAAAGGUUUAGAUGUAGUGAAGAAGAUAAAUAAGCCAAAUUUAAAAUUACAACUUGAUAUCUUUCACUUACAACAUAUUUGUGGCAAUAUUACAAAAAACAUCAAGGAACUUCUACCAUACGUUGGUCAUGUACAAAUUGCUCAAGUACCAGAUAGACAUGAACCUGAUACUUCUGGGGAAAUAGAUUAUAAAUAUGUUCUUUCGAUCUUAGAAAAAGAAGGAUAUGAUGGGUAUGUAGGUUUAGAAUAUUGUCCAAAAUCAUCAUCAGUAGAUGGAUUAAGUUGGAUACAAAAAUAUGGUUAUGAAUUAUAAGAUUCAUUUUGUGAUUAUAUAUUGAAAAUCUUCAUUUAUAAUAUAACAAUCAUUUAUUUCUUAUCAUUGUUUAAAGAAAUCUUAAGUACCUCUUCUUAUAACAGUCAAAUACAUUUUGUGUUACAAUAUACUUGUCACGUUUCUAUUACAAUAUAACUUUAUUAUAUACUUUAUAUACACACAACAAGAUUGAUGAAUAAGUCAAACUUAUGUUAAUACUUCCUACUAAAGUUACUUCUUUGCACAUUAGUCUUAUUUUUUUCACUUAUGAUUAAGUUGAACAUAACCAUUAUUACUAAUAUAAAUGUAAAUUUUUAGUGUUUAAUUACCAUCUACUAAAUUUACACAAUUGUGUCAUCAGUGCUAUCACUGCUUUUGUAUACAAGAUAAGAUUCACUAAUAAUACUUUUUUAUUUAGUACUGUUAUCCAGUACUUUUAUAUAUCUUACUGAUGUUACAUGAUACAUUAUAUUUCAAUAAAAUCUGUAAACAAUAUAAAGAAUAUAAAUUAUAAACCAUAAAUUUGUUCUAGUAAUGUAAAUGUAUUAUUUGUUAAUUAUAAAGUAUAUGUUA